GGCGCUGGGGUGACUGGGAGCGCGGUGCGGCGUGCGCGAGCACGAGGCCGAGUAGCCUGCCUAAGGCUCAGGCGGCUUCGGGCGCGCGCGGCGGCGGCGGGUGUGCGAGGCGCGGGCUGUUGUGUUCCCGGCUCUCCUCUUUCCCCUCCUUGGCGGGUGGAGGAGGCCGAAGCGGUGCUGGGCGCGCUCCCCCUUCCUUCCCUCCGCGACUUUCCCCGGCCCUCUCGCGCUGCGCGGUCUCUCCGACGCAAGACUGUCCCGGCCCGGAUAUGGCUCGUGGACAGCAAAAGAUUCAGUCUCAGCAAAAAAAUGCCAAAAAACAGGCUGGACAAAAGAAGAAACAAGGACAUGACCAAAAGGCUGCUGCCAAAGCUGCCUUAAUAUAUACCUGCACUGUCUGUAGGACACAAAUGCCAGACCCUAAGACCUUCAAGCAGCACUUUGAGAGCAAGCAUCCUAAGACUCCACUUCCUCCAGAAUUGGCUGAUGUUCAGGCAUAAAGUUGUUUACAGGUGAAUUCAUGACACCUUUGACUCUUCUACUGUCUCAGACCUUAGGUAACAAACCUGCAGCUGCUUUUCUAACAAACUGUUGAUCAGCAAAAAUAAAGGGGCUACAGAAACACUCAUUUUUAUGCUGUUCCCUUUUGGGCUUCAUUGCAAAGACAAUUCUGUGUAAAUGUACAGUUGACUCUGAUUUGGAAAUCUGAAAAUCAGUCCAUCCUUGUUAUAAAAAUUUUUUUACAAUUGUAAUUAUAUUGAUGUUCAUAUUGUGUAAAAUAACUCAUUUAAUAAAGUAGUACUUUGAUUUUACAACAUCA